AGCUGUCUUUUCUUCGAGGAACUAUUGAACAGCAAAGUACUUCGUUGUACUCACAGUGCGGCGCUGCGUUUGGGAAGAGAGGUCACGUAGACUGUAGUAGUCUCUCUCUCUUCUUUUCUGACACUUCGUUCCAACUCGCAUUACUCCCUACUUAUCACACUUUGGCUGCUCCUCCGGAGGUAAGCACGUGUAAACCCACCCAGCAAACACCAGCGGUGAAGGAUUACAAAACGAAAAAGAAGGCUUUACACAUUCGCCUAAAAUUCUCUUGCAUUUAUCUGAUAGUCUGCACACUCUCGCGGAGAUAGGUGUGCGAAAAACUAAUUGCGUGUCGUUGCCAAGAAAGAGGUGUAGAACCGGAACUAGCUCUGUCUAUAGAAAGUUGAGAGCGGCACACACGACUUCUCUUGGAUUUGCAGGUAUUUACACUCGUGUUACUGUCGGCCCUGAUUGCUAUCUGGCUACUUUUGGGUUUCUCUUGUUUCGUUUUCCUAAUAGCAUUGCAUCUUCUUUCUGUUUGUCAAGUAAAAAACGACAAAAAGGCGACAUCAACAACAAGACACUAGUUGAGGUCCUCUGUAUCGACUCACCGGGACUCAGUUGACAUUUUCUUUUCGUACACCUUCUCUCUUUGUCACCCACUCGCACACACAAAAAGAAACUAAAAAAAGAAAGAAAGACACACAUUGCCUCCAAAAGCAAAGAAUUUGGUGCCGAGAGAGAGAUCGCUAGGUUCACUCUGCCCUCAAAAAGAAAAUUGUUUUCGUUUUCUGUUCUUUCUCGGCGUAUUUUUGUGACAUCAAGUUAUUAUUCAUUUUUUCACUUCUUUUUUUUGUUCUGUUUUGCAUAUUUGCGGCACGUCGACCUAACUGACGCGUCUUUUUCUCUUCCUUUUUUUAAAAGCCUAUAUUUAUUGUUUUGCUUCUUUGCGUGCUUUCAACGUCUCCUUUGAUCUCUGUUGUGAGAAUUGCGUCACUUCAGCAAACGAGGUUGUUACUGCUGCUCUUGCUCACUGCGAAUACGCUUUGAACUAGUGAUAUUAUUCGCCUUUUUUAAAAAGAAAUUUACUUUUAUUUUUUUUGUUUAUUUUUACGCAGCUGGUGUGGUUUGUGUCAGUGAAGGAAAAGUUGAAUCUAACUCGUUAAAGUGUAUUUGCGCGACAGUCACUCUCACAAGAACUACGUUGGCUAGAACCCCUCUAACAUAUAAUUCUGUUGUUUCUUGCUGUGGACAUAACAACAGUUCCUAUCUGUGGUCGGCUGGAUUGCCUCUUCUCUUUUUCUACUAAUAUAUAUUUGCGAACGCCUUUUUUCCCCCUUUUUUGUUGGUGUGCUCCUUCCCCGUGGUGUAUUAAUAUUUUUUUUUUCUUUGCUUCUGAGCGAGGAAUCGCUGUUGGUGCGCUUUCCUGACACGAAAACCUCGUACAAAUACGCAAAUUCACUUGUCGACCGUAGCAAACAAAAAGGAAUUAUGCAGCCCGACAGCAGACUUACCAACUCUAACGCCACGUCCUUCACCGGCUCCUUCCAGCUGGAGGACGAGGCGAAAACACUGGAGGAUUACGUGGUGGGGCAGCGACUUGGCGAGGGUGCGUACGGCUCCGUGUAUGUGGUCAAGUACAUUCCUUCCGGUGAUCGCUUUGCGGUAAAGGUAUUGCAGAAGCAGGACCUCUUCACCGGAUCUGGUAUCUACUCGCCGCUUAUGGUUUGCGGCAACGAGGAAGGGAUUCAGCAAGCGCAGCAACAGGAGGACGCGGCUGCGGGGGAUUCCGGUACGCUCGGCACCACAACGGCAACAUACCACGCCUCCCCCUCCGCCGCGGCAAUAGUGAAGUCGUUCGAGCAGAGCAUCGUGUCGGAGGCGAUGGUGAUGCAGUCCCUCGAGCACCCCCACGUGGUUAAGUUUUACAAGUUCCUCAAUUCCACCACGGCAUUUUACUUUGUGUUAGAGCUGGCAGAGGGCGGGGAGCUGUUCGACUUGAUUCUCUCGAAGAACUACUUCGCCGAGGAUGAGGCUCGCAUGUACUUCCAGCAGCUCAUCUCCGCCAUCGACUACUGCCACCGCAACGGCGUCGCACACAAGGAUCUGAAGGCGGAAAAUCUCCUUUUGAGCAAUGACGGCCGACUUCUGGUGUGUGACUUUGGCUUCUCCUCAAAGGUGGCGAAGGAAAACAUCGACGACCCAGAGGAGACCGUCGGCACCGGCGACAACAUCGCCCUCCUCGACGCAAUCCACAACGGCUCGAUGUUCGGAACGCUGCACUACACAAGUCCCGAGGCUGUCCUCGCCUCGGCGCAGCAGCGCGGCUUUGACUUCCUCAACGCCGAUGACGGCGACGGCAGCACCCGCUACGGUAGCGCGCUGGCGGAUAGCGCCUUCGCGAAUGGGCAGAGCGGAUUUCCCUCACAAGUAGACAUGGCCGACAACCCCGGCCCCGGUCAACGCGGCUCCUCCUCCACCCCCCUCUCCACCGCAUCCUCCGACAGCCCGGGGUCGUCGUUCAGCGGGUCGGUGGGGCGCAAAGGACUGCGCCGCUCCACCAGCGGCAGUGCCGAGGGGGACGCGGCGCUGAUCAAAACGGCGCAGGAAAUGGUCUCGUCCUCUGUCGCAAAGGUGAAGGAGAAUCGUGCGCGACCAACCCUGUUGACGCCACCACCCGCCGUCACUGGUGGCAACCCCAGCAUGUCCCACAGCAGUAGCACCCCAAGCCUUCUCAGCUUUACAGGCGCCAACGGCAAGAUUCACAAGAAGACGUCCCCGACGCUGGGGCGGAACAAGGUGGGCGAGGGCAUUAGCAGCUUUGUCAAAGCGUUGCUCCACACCGGCAGCCCCGGCAGCAGCAGCGGCGGGCACCACCACCACCACCACCAUUACCAUCAACCGCAUCACAAGCAACACAUUGACACCCACGACCAGAAUGGCUCACCGCGGGAGAAGCCGUGUCUGCAGAAGAUAUCGGCGCCCCCAGUGGUGAGCACCACGUCAAGCGGCAAGGUCGUGCUAGAGACGUUACGUAGCCCCACCGGCGCGCUCGGAGAAGGCGGUGGUAAGGUAACGGGAAAUGCUCACAGCUCGCUGCGAGUGGGAACGCCGUCGCAGGAACACGUCUCGGUAAUGUCCUCUGCUGUCUCCUCGUCCAGCACGUCGCCCAUCACGGUUUCCUUUAACACAGACCCGUCCUUCGCAGGCUCGGCGGGGCGGGCAGGGGCAUCUGCGGCCGCUGCAGCAGCCGCUACGCGACACGGGACGAUGCCCCCGCCAAGCGGCACUCUCAGUACACGAGUCACCUCCUCCACGAACGACGCAGCCCCUUCUUCAACACGCCUCCGUGCAGCGAACAAAGAGUCAAACAGCGUACUUUUGACUACGAGGGGCAGCACGGAAGUGCUCAGCGCACACACAUCCUCGUCUUGGGAUGCGGGUGCUGCUGCGCAACAGCGACAGCCAGUGCUAAUGGAACCGGACCCCCCCACUGCUCCAACGUCUGCCGGCCACAGCAGCAGCCCUUGCAACGCCUCGUCGGCGCCGCGCAAGCCUCCGCUUGUGAUUGUGGACCCUUUUCAGCAAGAUCUGUGGAGCGCCGGUGUGAUCCUCUUCUUCAUGCUGACCGGGCGGCUACCGUUUGACGGUCGCGAUGAGGAGGAAACGCUGCACUUAAUCCAGACAAACGACUUCACCUUCGACGAGGACGAGAUGCGGCGUAUCUCACCCGCUGCCCGCCAUCUCGUGACGCAGAUGCUGGCGGCUGAGCCGACGGAGCGGCCCACGACGGAGCAGAUCAUUCACAACUCGUGGUUUCAGAUCGGCAUACAAAUCGAAAAAGACUUCCCUCAUCGCGAGGAUUUGCUUGAGACCCUCGCCAGCCCUUUGGGCAAUCCGAUGCAGUGCGCUUCCACCACUCAGCAGACGCUGCCGGACGGCAUCGUGGGAUCACCGGCUUUGUCGAGCACGUCGCAGGCGGAGACUGGCGGUUACGGCAACGAUGAAAGCAUCACGGCGCGUCUGGCGGCCAGCGCAGCGGAUACCAGCUCGAACGCGUUCUGCGGCAGCGCGGCAGCACCGUUGACACGGCAAAGCCCUCCCUCAUCUGCACACGACACCGCCGCCGCCGCGACGUACGCUUCGCCGUCAGGAAUCGUCGCUCUGUCUCCCGUCGACGAGGCGGCGCAUGCGAACAGCGGCAGCACCGGCGGACAGGGCAAAGCUUUCGGUUUCAGCCGCGACAAGAUCACCGCGCCGACCUUCCUCGACUUCUCCACACAACACCCCGUCUCGGUAGAGGAGGAGCGUGUGCUCGCGACGGCGUUUCGGAAAGUCGACUCCGACGGGUUUGGGUGCAUCACGCGAGAUCAGCUGCGCGACAUGCUGACGACGCUGCACGGCGACGCCGUCCCGACGAGCGACGUGGACGAACUGGUGAAGCUGUUCACGGGCGACACGAAGACGGACAAGAUCACUUUCAAGCAGUUUCGCGACGCGUGGGUGAGCAAAGAUUUGGCUCACACGCCUUUUACGCACAGCAGCGAGUUCCAGCUGGCCAACAUUAUCGGUACGGAGAUGGAUGCGGUGGAGCGGCAGGUGGUGCGCCAGCUCCGUACCGCCUUCGACAGCCUCGACGACAAGCACCGCGGUGUUAUUCAACUAGACCAGGUUCGCCGCAUCUUCGACAAAUAUCACAUACCCGUUCAACAAGAGGAUUGCCUCUCGCUCAUCAACUACUUCCACGAAACGGAGCUGGCGCGGUUCAACACGCGGGCUUCCAAGUACUGGCAUCGUUGGCGUGUUACGCCUUCGGUGACGCCGACCACCACCUAUCCCGGUUGCACCUCCAGCUGCGCUUCGCCCGUCCCAUCUCCCGCGGUGGCUUCCCCGUUCUCUGCCGCGGGGCUCACACCGGGCUGCAGUCCCGUCACCUUCACCAAGGAAUCGUCCAUGCCGCCGCAGCGCAACGCAACAAAGGAGAACGCGGAAGUCGCUGUCGCACCUACUGGCCGUAGCGCACGGCCGGCGGAUCCGCCGGUGUCGGCGCCAUCGCUGGACUCCUCUCCCACGACGCCGUCUAGCAUCACCAUAUCGUUUGACUCGUUUGUCAGCGGAAUUGUGAAGAGCGACAUCUUGAUGAAGCACCCUCUUGGCCGCAAGCUCGCCGCUGCGACGAACCUUGCCGCGAUGUUCCAGUCGCGUAACGUGACGGAGUGCGUGCGGCACGGCUUCCUCGUCACCGGCCUGCAAAACAUCAUCCUAGCAAAGCUGGCCAGCAUACCAGAACGGCUGUUGCUGCUCUAUUCGGAUGAGGUGGUGUCCAACACAGAAAACAUUUACUCCUUUCGCUAUCUAGGGUCGUCGGCACUCGUGACUGGGGCCACGAUGAGCUCCGCCACGCCGUUGCUCAUGUCUGCUUCGCUGGUCGCCAUGGCCGCCAGCACCGGCCCCAUAAGUGGGACCAACUUUGGCAACUCUGCCCAGAUGACGCCUGGGAGGCGCAGCGGCUCGUCCGCCUCACACCGGUCGCUCACGGCGACGCCGCCGUCCUCAACCCCCCGGCAGGGACGACCCAACGGCAUCGCUGACAGUCUGCACGAAAGCCAUAACGGUGCCGGCGUGGUGGCGACGCCUUCGAUGGUGGCCGAGAUUCUGGGACGAGACGAGCGGGUGUGUGCCGAUAGCAACGCCGGUUCUCUUCCGUACAAUUCCGCGCCGACGGUGGGGGGCGUCGCCCCUCUGCCGUUUCGCUCCAACAAACCGCGCCAACGAAAGCCGCCGUCGCGGGGCACCCUGGCUCAUUCCGACACUGUUGACUCUUCCGCCUUUCCAAGAGACAGGUGUGCGGGGGAUCUGCCUGCCAGCAGUGGCGCCUCGAGCCAACCGUUGCCGCCGCCGCCGCCGCAGCGCGGCGCGCCGGCACCGAUUCCGCGAGCCCCCAAUCACGCCGGCGCUGCCGCUAGCACAGUCGAAAACACAAACGGCAACUCGCCGAGUGCCUCACACUCUCCCCCCCUCUCGCGCUCGCUGCGACAUAUUACGCGCCAUGCGACGGCAGCGAACACCACCUCCGUUGGCGGUGGGCGUGAUCGUCGUGUUCACAGCGCCGACAUCGACAACGACAGCGCGCAAGACGACACGCACAGCUUUUUCAGUGCCUCUCGGCAGAGCUCAUCCAUCAUCAACACAAGCGAGGCCAACCAAAGCGCCAGCGAUGGCGCUCUUUCUUCUCCUCAAGGCGAAGAUCAAGAGGGACUGGGACGGCGCCACAAAUUAGCAAACACCACCAUGGCACCGCAAAAUUCCGAAGCAUCAGCGCCCCACCGCGCCGAUCUUGGCCGUACAACCCCAGUGUCCGCAAUGCGCAGCACUCCCGUGAACGUUGAGGAAAAGAACGCAAAAGGCAAGGCGUCCACGACGCUCAAUGCUCGUGACGCUGCUGCUGACGCAGAAGGCAGCAACGCAGCCCGUCUCCUCUCACAGCCAUCAGUCGCCGCGUUCUCUUCCAGCCUGCUCUCGCCAUCCGCUACGACGCACACAAGCGCAGGUUUCUCCCUCACCGCAACACCGUCGACCAACUUCACGCAUCGCGCCAUGGCCUAUGGCGGCACUGGUGCGGUUGCCCAGGUGAAUGGCGUGUGCGACGUGGAUGUGAUUCUGUCUCCCGCCUGUCUAGGCUACACCAUGGUCCAAUUUCGCCGAAUUCACGGUAAAACGAGCGACUUUCACGAAGCAGUGACGUUCAUCUCUAACCUGCUGGGAAGCGAGCGAGAGCAGGCGAUGGAGGACACACUCACGCGCGGUGAAAGCGAACUCAUGUGA